AUGGAUAACGAAAAGUUCGAAGUGGUGAAGAAUGCAAGACCUGCAACUGCACAUAUGAGGAAAACUGAAUUAAAGUGGAAAGACGCUGUUGCAGAUGAUGCAAUUUUUGAUGACGCUCAUGAAUGUGAAAGAAUUAAAUUAGCCAUAAGAGUUGUAUAUAUAAUGAAGGAAUACAAACUAUUCGAAGAGGGUAUCACUAAAGAAGAAACGGAUACAAUUAAGGCGUAUUUCACCUCGAAGACGAGAGAAAGUCCUUCUGAUGCAAUUAUUUCGUUAAUCGAUAAGUCCAUUGGGAACGCACUAAGAGUGAUGAGGCAUAAUCCUGAACGCUUUGAAGGUGCAAUUACCGCUGAAGUGAAAAAGUUUAUCAAAAACAGUAGAAGGGUUAAACCAGUACUGUUGGACGCCAUGAUUGCAUAUGCUUGUAUUCCGGACUGUUGGGGUGGAAUAGAAUACGAAAAGACGGUUACGGCAAGAUUAGCUGAAGUCAAGACAGAGGCGGAUACAAAGAAAGCAGAAGAAAAUCAGAAAAAGGAGGAAGAAGAGAAGAAACCUCCGGAUCCUAAUGAACAGAAAGAAGAGGGAGAAAAGAAAGAAGGCGGAAAUGAUAAGGAGCCGCGAACAAAGGAAGCCACGAAAGAAGGCAAAAAGGACAGUAAAGAAAAGGAUAAAAGCAAGAAAGAAGAAGUCGUUCAGAAGGAUCAAAAGGAUGUUCAGCAGACAAAGAGCAGAAUCGAAGCUGGGACUCCAAAGGUGGGUUUAACAGGGUUAGAAAUUUACCGUGAAUGA